AUGGUGUCCAACUCCCUAGCACUUUCAACGCCCUCAACGCCCUCAACACGGGACACAAAUGGCCGCCGACGUUCGCUGAGGACGAUGCAGCCUCGAAUAGCAACGCUGCUAGGCGAGUCUGCUCCCUCUGAACGCCUUCCAGUCGAUCUCGUCCCACUGCUUCCAGCACCCGCCGCACCCCACCGUCCGCUUCCAGUCGAACCCACCCCAGUCGAAGCUUUCCCCAUCGGCGACAAUGGCCACACGAACAAAGCUCCCCACCAGAAUGAAUAUAGUACAGUACGACAACACGCGCCUUCCCUCCAUACCAGACAGAAAUCGAGCGUGCCUAUUGCCGAAGUCCUGAACAAAGAAGCAACGUCACAACCCACUGUCUUCCAUCCACUGUCAGCUUCGUCUGCCCCUCCCACCGCUCUAACAGCUCCAACAGCUCCAGCGGCUCCAUUCAGUGGCCGGCUGAGUGACAUCUUGCUCGACCCAUCGCAACAGUAUGCCAAGAAGCGAAGGAAGGUCGACGAGCACACGUCUGUGCCAAGUCUAUCAUCAAACGAGAACACCCUUCUCACGCUACCAAAGCCGCAUCAAGCAAAGAAGACUACCAAGCGACCUAGAAUCCCGCCUCUCCUGCAGGGCCUUCACCAGCCCCCCCCGCUACCUCCGGAAGGCCGGCUCUUCCCUCCAAUUACUGGUGAAGGAGGUGGGUUCGGAAGGGACAUUCCUGAGAGGGUGGCACUGCCCAGCCCCGCGGGGUUAGAAAAAGGAAAAGAGAAGGAGGAUAAGGAAAACCGAGACCAAGGGGGCAACGACCAUGCUGCAGAGAAAGAAAAUAGUCCAACGAAAGAGAUCAAGAAGACAAAGGAGACAAAGGAGACCAGGAAGCGGAACAAAUGGUCGGAACAAGAGACUGAGCAUCUGCUUCAUGGCGUGAGCAGGUUCGGCAUUGGCAACUGGAAGAAGAUUCUGCAGUGCCCAGACUUCAACUUCAACGACCGCACCGCUGUGGAUCUCAAGGACCGCUUUCGAACUUGCUGUCCUGGGGAAGGACUGAAAAUGCGGAAACCCAAAUCACGAGCCAAAAAUCCACCGCCACAGAAAGCGCAGGACGAAGAGCCUUGUUUAAGUGCCCCCAACGAUAAUGCGGAACAAGCCCUUCCGAACUUCUCUGUCCAUACUUCCGUGAGGACUGAAAGGGCAAGGAAAGUUCGUGCAGAUACGCACCGGAAAGGUGCCGCUGAACUUGCAGAGAUGGGGAUCCAGCGUCCCUUCUUUAAGAACACCCGACGUGAACGACGAGAGUUCACGGAGCAGGACGAUGAGAAUCUUAUAAGAGGCUUCGAGAAGUACGGUGCCAAGUGGCAUUCAAUGAGAGACGACCCGGAGCUGGGAUUUGGCGUUCGGCAUGCUACAGAUCUGCGCGAUCGAUUUCGUAUCAGGUAUGCAGAAAUAUAUGCCAAGGCCGGCUAUAGACUGAAACCGAAGGAGGAACUACUGCUAAAGGAGAAGGAAGGAGCAAGCAGCCAAGACUCUUUGGGUACGAAUAGUGAGAGCCAGUCGUCCUAUGCCAAACCAAUCGAAGAGGAAGUCCCUCCCGAAGCUGCAGCCUUUGUUACGACUACAGCUUCUUCCAGAAGGACACAUACCUUCUUCCAGCCCUUCUUGAACAAAUUCCCAGCAUCGUUUGAUGAUUUCAACGAUAUCGUUUCCGAUGACGAUGGAGAAGGCGGGCAUAGCCCGAUCACCCUGAACAGGAACAUUCUCCAAUGGGCUGACGCGAAUCCCUCUCAGACCAACACAUCCGCUCUGCCCUCAAGCAUGCCAGUAGUAUCAACAUUGAUAGGCGACGCCGGCUUCAACUAUUUCCCCACCAUGGAUGGACUCAUCACCCUGGGUACCAUCGCAUCUAUCCCUACCAAUCAGACUUCAACCAUGCCUCCAUAUCUACCAACCUCGAAUCCGAAUCCUAUCUCGCUUCCGAUUAAUCCUAGUGCCAAUGGAAACUUCUUCCUCAAUCCGACAACAUCCAACCUAACGAACGUGUCUGCUCCUCCCACCCAUAGUUCAUCAAAACGAGAAAUGAAAUCUUUCCUCCGAACACCCAAUCUUCCCACCAUUGUCUUUCCUCACGUCCCCGUUGCCAGUGCACGGAAUACUGUGCACAAUCUUCCUCCUCCUGCGGACCUUUUGUCUGGCUUAGACACAGAUGUGCGGCCAGAAUCACAUUCUACCGGAUAUUUUCUUGAUGAACCUAUGAACUGGACUUUCACAGCUCCGAGCGCGCCCGGGAAUGGGUCGACGCUGGCUCCGAUGAUGAAUGGGGUUGGGCGAGGGCUUUUAGCUUUUGAUCGGGGACUAUUGGAGGAACCGUUUGGAGAGCGUAGUGUGUUGAAUAGUAGUAUUUGAAAGGUUUAUAUCAGGGAAUUACAUGGAGUGGAAUGGCAGAUCUAGAGGAAACCGGUAGGUAGUUCAGAUACCCAGCAGCUAUUGCACUUUCAUACAUUGGCUUCUAUCAACAUGCGCCAAAAUUUCAGCUCAUGAAUUCUCCAGCCUAUCAUUAGCCGCCUCCUAUCUUGUUAAUCGCGCCAUUAGAGGUACCCCGGAAAACUUUCUGCUGUUUCAUAUUCCCUUUGUACCCUGAUUUGGUCCAAUACCUGGUAACUUUCAUGCAUCUGCCUUAUAGUACGGUCGGUGCCGAGCUG